GUGUACUGGUGGUCAGGGAAAGAAAAAGGUGUGAAAAUCUAGAAGUGUUAACAAGCUUUCUAACUCACAGGACAGGGCUAGAUGAGUGUGAUCACAGGACAGGGCUAGAUGAGUGUGAUCACUUUUUUAUCACCCACAGGAAAAUUCUGAUCAGGGAUGGACAGCCUGGAUAUAACUCUUUUUACAUCACAGCUGGGCAGAGUUAGAUUUGGUCAGCAAUUGACAUUAGGGUGUGACAUACCAAAAUAUUUAUAUCAAGUAUAAGGAUUUUUUUAAGAAUUCAUUGAUGUUGCCUGUUUAUGGAACACCUGUGCCAGGUAGAAGAGGAAUGUGUUGAUGAUUUACUAUUUGGGAACUGUCAGCGUGUGGACCGGGUCCAAGAGGAACCCUACCAGUACCAACUCAGCCAGAAGUCUCUUGGGUCUCUUCAGGACCAGAUACGCAACCUCAUCAAGGGAGGCUACUCCUGGCAGGACGAACUUACCCAGUGUUUAAUACAAAAUGCUCUCUAUGCGUAUAGGAAACAUUACACAUUUCAGCCAAGUAAAUGUCAAACAAUAGAGGCUCCGUGGACAGAAAAGCAAGAUUUUGAUGUUAAUAACGAAAUUUCCACUGCCUUGGAAAAAUUAUUUGAAGAAUAUUAUAAUGCAUAUGAGCCACAAGAGAACAGUGUUUUACUAGGUAAUAAUGCCAACAAAAGAGACGAAAUCAUUAAAGUACAUAAAUAUUUUGACAAAUCACCACAGCCAUAUCUUAAAAGGGAAUUUUCUAGUGAUGGUGGAGAAAAUUAUUUAAACUACCUCUCAGGAACUGGAGAAUCGGAACCAUCUAAUUAUGAGGCAGAAAAGAGAGACAGUUAUGGCCUCAGUCCGGAUGACCUCCAACAGUUGCAGUACUAUCUGCAGCAGUUACGAGCGACAGAUGACCAGGGUUUCCCAUACGACCCCCAAGGGUAUGCUGGUGAGGACUUUGAGCAGCCCCUUUCUGAGGACAGUGGUGUUGAUGUUGCUGGAUUCUACCAGGAUUCUCCGCCCAAUGAUAAUGAGAUGUACCCCACGGACAUGUACGGUGAUGCUCUGCCUGAUGAUAAUGAGUCAUACUCGACUGAACAAUACGCAGAUUCACUUCCGCAGGAGUUGGUAGACUCACAGCCAACUUGGGAACAGACAGAAUCAGAAACAAAGGGAGACAAUCCUUAUGAAUGGUCGACAGAUGAGAUGCAGGAAGCUGUAAAUGAUGAGCCAGCGUUGAUGACUUCUUCUGGUCCAGACAUUGACCUACCAGCCAAAUAUGCAGAUCUUCUCUCCAAGCUAAUGAUGGGACAAAUCCGCCCUGAAAACCUCACAGAUGAUGAACUCAACUACCUGACCAAGUAUGUGAACAUAAGGCUUGAACAGAUGGGAUAUACUCCUGGUCAACCCACGGAGACUGGAGCAGAGCAAGAUCCAACUGGAACCAUGAAAACAGAUAUACCACAAGAUUUGACAGAAACUGUAAACUUCCCAAGAAAACCACAACAUUGAAAAUUCAGACAUGGAAAAAAUCAUAUCGGCGAUGGAGUCAGAGAUGGGUGUAAUUCCAAGUGAGGACAAGCGAGUCCUUGGCAUACCUGUGGUUGGCUCUGUCAUGCAAGAAGACAAGAAAAGUGUCGACUCUCCCAAACCUGCGGCUGAACCUGACCAACAGUCCCGAGGAUCCAAAUGUAGAGGAUAUCGUCAACACGGACUACGCAUUUGUGGAAUUCACCAAAC